CGGGUAGUGCUGGAUAGAAGUGUGGCAGGGAUAGUGGGUAGCUAAUGUGGACAAAAUGAAGCGGAUGCCUCUGUUGUUCACGGUGGUGAUAGCGACACUUUGUUCCAGUCUGUGUGAGGGAAUAAUUGGAAGUCAUUUUUGGAAGAUUCGUCAACUGGUGGAUGAAAGAAGGGCCAAUGCCUUGAUGCAAAGUCUUCCUGGAAAACCUGGUUCUAUUUCUGAACUGUUCAUUACUCAACCAUUGGACCAUUUUGAUAGACUAUCACAGGAGGCUGGAAAAACAUUCCAACAAAGACUGUUUGUGAAUGACCAAUUCUAUGAGGCACAAAAAGGACCUGUGUUCCUGUAUAUUCAAGGGGAAGGAGCUCUGAGUCCUAAUGCAGCCAAGGCAGGUUUCCCAGCAGAACUGGCUAAAUCUCUAGGUGCUUUGAUUGUGGCGGCUGAGCACCGUUUUUAUGGCGCCAGUAUCAAUGACGAUGGCCUCAAGUUGGAUUCCCUCCGACACCUGUCCAGUCAACAGGCACUGGCUGACCUGGCCGAGGUCCAUACCUUCAUCUCUCAAAAGUUUAACCUGUCGCGGGAUCAUCCCUGGGUGUGCUUUGGUGGCAGUUAUUCUGGAGCUCUUUCAGCUUGGUUCAGGAUCAAGUACCCCCACCUAGUUAUUGGAGCACUCGCCUCGUCAGCCCCUGUUAGGGCUCUUGAAAACUUUGAGGGGUAUAACGAUGUGGUUGCGGCCAGCUUGGAGUCUUCCAUUGUCGGAGGCAAUGAGGAAUGUAUGACCCAGAUCCAACAAGCCUUUAUCCAGAUUGAUGCCCUACUCAAGCUAGGUAACCAUACGUUGUUAGAGGGAUACUUCAAGUCUUGUGAACCUGUCACUGACCCCCUGGAUAGACUGACAUUUGUAUCAAACCUGGCGUCCAUCGUCCAGGGAGUGGUCCAAUACAACAAUGAGAUCCCAGGGCUGGACAUUGACGGGAUAUGUGGCAUCAUGGCGGUGUCAAGUGACCCAUUGAGAAAUCUGGCUGCUCUUAACACUGAAUUCAUGAAAAUUAUGAAUAUGUCCUGUGUGAACAACACGUAUGCUGAAAGUGUGAGAAUGGUGGCCAACACGACGGUGGACAGGAAGGCACAGGGGCCAGGCAUUAGACAGUGGAUCUGGCAGACGUGUACACAGUUUGGAUACUACCAGACAUGCGAUGACAACACCAACUGUCCAUUCUCCCGCCUUAUAGACUUGCCCAGUCAGACUAAACUCUGCAGUGACUUCUUCAAUAUCACGCCACAGGAUAUUGCUAAGUUUGUCAGCUUCACCAACGACUACUAUGGGGGAGACAGACCCCAUGGCAACAAGAUCAUCUUCUCCAAUGGUUCCAUUGACCCCUGGCACAAGCUAGGUGUACUAACUGACCUCAGCGACACUGAAAAGGCAGUAUUUAUAGUGGGCACUGCUCACUGUAACGACCUCGGCUCUAGUAAUUCAAAGGAUCCCCAACAACUCACCGCUGCUCGAAAGAAAAUUGCAACUAUAAUAACAGGAUGGUUGAAAGAAGCACAACAAAACCAAAUAAAUUCCCUUUAAGAUAAAAUGUUCAGGGAGAAAGUGAGAUGAGUCCAGAACCCCCCAUCGACUUUAUCAUUAUUUACCAGUCAUUACAGAGUAUAUUUUUCUUUGUAUAUUUCUAUGAGCAUUUUGUGCCAAUUUUCUGUGUUGUAUAUCAUUAUCUGUAUAUUGUAUAACAGUAAUGGUUGGAGAAUAAAUGUGUUCACUAAGGUUAAGAACCAAAGCAUUUCCAGAUUUGUGAUAUUAUGAUGUACAUGAUCAGAGGAAGUGUAGACAGUCUUGCUAAAUACCUGUCUAUUGUUAUUCACAUUCCUAUUGUCUCUAAAGAGAACCAUUUUUAUGUCCCCAAUUUUUUAAAAUCAAUAAUUUUUAUAUAAUUUUAUAUGAAUUAUACGAGUUAAACAUGUGAUAAUUGAUGAAAUAAAAAUGAUAUCGGUA